AUGAAAACUCGCUGUCGAAAUUAUGGGACGAGGCGAAGGUAAGAUUCGAAGCUAUGCACUCUCUCAAUUUUGCUUCGUUGGAAAGUGUUUCAACCGAAGUGAAGUAACAGCGUUGUCUCGUUGUAUUUUUGCUUACAAUGCCCUUUUAAAGCCUUCAUCCACGGACAUGUUUUUUCCAUAAUAGGCUCUAGAUGCUUUACCGUUUACAAAUGUCCUAGUUUUCGUGACAGGAAGUGUCUGGCAUUGAUAUUAGAAAAGACAUCUAGUGCUAGAAUCACCAUUUGUAGACGCCAUUGUUGUGUUUGCUGUUUUCGAUCUCCUAGGAUGACUGCCGGUGGCUUGCCUCCAUCCAAGCAAGAUAGUACAGCUCAACAGAUCGAAAAUGUCGGAAAUUUGACAGGGGAAGUUUCUACUAAAGAUCCUGAGGUUUUCCAUGACACACGCUCGCAAAAACAGGCUUCAAAGAAACGACCUCAAGAAGACCAUGCGGAUACAACAAAGGAUUCGACCUUAGCUACAGCUCAUGAAACUGCGAAUAAUUUUGUCGGUGUUGCUACAAGGAGCAGUACCAGACCAACUAAAAGAAUAAAAUCAUCAAACUCUUCGUCAAGUAAAGCAGGAAACCAAGGUAUGAUACCUAAAAUUAUUACUUUGGCCAUAAACAACUUUCACUUCGCGACGGCCAUUUUGACUUUGCAUGCAAAAUUGUCAUUAGAACAUGAGAACGUGCAUCACUCUUUUGGUUGCGUACGAAAAAUGUUUUUCUUUUUUAAGAAAUUUAAGAUUUUCCAUUUUCUUUCCGCUGAUCGUAUAGAAUUCAAACUAUUACACGACGGCAGUUAAAAUUUUGUGCUUGAAGGACUUUUGUUUAUUGAUUGAAGUAGGUGUAGUAGGAAGUGAUACACGUUGCAAAUCUAGCACACAAAAUAUUUUUUCUUUCUUACUAAAUUUCUGCUUCUGUUUCUUUAUGAAUUUGAUUAAAUGCCAUAAGGGCAGCAAUAAUUCCUUUUGCUAUUUUUUUUUUCAGAACUGAGCAGUUUUAUUUCAAACAUUUCUAAGAAUUUUUGAAAACAGUAAUUUUUGCUAUGUAAAUUUUGCAAGAUGUAAUUUUUGAGGACUUGUCAUUAAGUGUGAUUUAUUGAAAAGCUACUCUCUCUCAUCUCGUGAUGGAUGAUUUACAAUGCCCAGCUAAUCAUUCCUAGAAGUUUCACAAAUGUGAUCUCUGCGGCGUGUAAUAGUAUACAAACGAUGAGAAAGAUGUUUUUUUUCAGUCAGUGACACUGGCGUCUUGGGGGAAAAAAUGCACAAUUACUCCCAUUUUAUAGGAGUCCAACUUAUGAUCUUUUUGAUUAGUAGUCCAGAUGCUUGACCACUGAGCUCUUCCGAGCCACCCAUGUCACUGACUGGCAUCUUUCUGGUGCAUUAACCAGGCUUAAAAUUCACUAUCACAUUCCUAAAUAAUAUGAUUAGGUUACUCACAGGGGGACCAUCCAAACUGUGCAAGGCAUGGUGAUGUCAUGCACGUCAUGUGAACUCAUACAUUUACUGUAUUUUGUAACGGCUGCACUCAGCUUGAUUUAAGUGAUCUGAGGAAAUGCUUCAUUAAACACAGAAGUUUGCACCUUUUGAUCCCAGCUGUUGAUGUGAGGUAAGAAAGAUGAAUAAAGGUUACUUACCAUAUUUUAGUGUUGUGUACUGCAUUUUUGUUGCAGUUUCAGUUGCUUGAAACUUGCACCUGCGACUAAUACAUAAUAAAAUCAUGUGAUGAUUUUUUGAUGCCUUUAAUAAAACCGUGAGGUUUUAUCAUACAUGUAUUAGUCGGGGUUGUUUCAAGCGACUGAAAACGCCACAAAAACACCGCAGAUGACACUAAGAUCAUAUGGUAAGUAAUCUUACUUUACAUCAACAUUUUGGAUCAAAAAUUGCAAUCUUCUGUGUUUAAUGAGGCAUUUCUCCUGAUCACUCAAGAAAAGCUGAGAGCGGGCAUUACAAAAUACAGUAAAUGUAUGAGAUCACAUGUCGCGUGUGACAUCACGAUUCCUCCUGAUCACUCAAGAAAAGCUGAGAGCGGGCAUUACAAAAUACAGUAAAUGUAUGAGAUCACAUGUCGCGUGUGACAUCACGAUUCCUUAAAUUGUUUGGAUGGUCUGCCUGUGGGUUACACAAGUUUGCAAGCAACUUUGAAAACAGCAAAGGGUAACAGUACCAUUUGCAAGAAGAACCUGUCCUUUCUCAAUAUUUUUUUUGUCAGUGUAACCUUUUGAAAAAACCCACCUCACCUGACCAUGUAAGAUUUGCAAUUUUCCAAGUUAUCACAACAUGCUGUUUUCACUUGUUCUCCGAAACUGUUCAUUAUCUUUUCACCAGUAAUCGUACUAUUUAAUGGUUUUAACUUACUCUUUGCAGACAGUAAUGGUGCCAAUGAAGGGGUUCCAAACUCAUCAUCACCUCAGGCAAACAGGAGGAAGAAACCACCUAAAAGACAAUGGGAAUCGUGGGGCAAAGCAGAAAAGGAUACAUUUUUUGAGGCUUUGCAUGAGUAUGGAAAAGAUUUUGACAAGAUCUGUAACUUUAUCGCAGCAAAACACAAGCGAAGGGGUGACCCCCCAGCACUGAUUAAGAACAAAGAUCAAGUGCGACAUUUUUAUUAUCGUACCCUAAAUAAGAUUACGAAGUAUCUUCCAGCAGAUCAACUGAGUGAAAAUGACAGUCACAAGAAAACAGUCAUUGAAUUAAAAGGAUUGAUUUGUUAUGGAGAGUUACGUAAGAAAACUUGUGGCUGGAAUGACAAAAAUGGAAAAAAACUUGAAGAAUUACUCAGUCAUGGCACAAUUUCUAUUCGUAGUAAGGGACGAAAUUUCAAAAUCAGAGCACCUGUGUGCCGUGCCCUCAAACGGCUGACAUCAGCAGGGCAGAGCAAGGAGGAAAGUGAGUCUCAGUCCCUUGCUUUGCCAAAUAAGUUGACACUUGAGUUUCUACCACAUAAUCAUGCAGCUUGGGCUGUAGUACAAAGGUUGUCUAAGAACCCAAGGUUACGAACAACAAUGCCACCAAAGAAACCAUUAAGUUUGAUGCUCAAUUUUCUGUCAAAGAAGUGGCGUGUUGUAUCUAAUAAGACUCUAGAACCAUUGGACAUGUGUAUUGUUAUUCCACCUGAUUUUUACAUCAAUUCAGAUGCCGAAAAACAGACAGUGUCUCCACUGUUCAAACCGUCAUCAGUUGAAACAUGUUUAGUUGAAAACGUUCCUGCACCGAAUGCCAUUAGAAGAGGAGACACAACACAAAAUAAUUCACCAUCUUCAUUGGUAGAAGAAAAAUGUUCUCAGGAGACUGAUUCUGGUUUUCAAGGGAUCUUACUAACAGAACUCCAGGAAAAGACUGUAACUGAAGAAAGUAACAGAUCUUGUGACCCUACAGAGAGACAAAUUCAAUGUGCAACUGUUACUAACAGUCAGAGUGACAAAUCAGAAUCUUCUGAAAUGUGUAAUGGUGCCACAAUGGCAUUGAACUCUACUGCCCAAUUGCCAAAGGAGGAUAAACCUGAAUCAUGCAAUAAGGGUCCCCCAAAAUUUUGGACUUCAGAGACAUGUGCAAAUAUUACAUUUGGAGAGAUUUUUUGUAAACUUGGAAGACCACCUAAGUUAAAGCUGGAGUAUACAUGGCGUGACAUUGAGGACAAUCUUGCACCUUCACAAGUUGCAGUUUCACUGUCAAAGCUUGUGGACGUGGCAACAGUAGAGUUUACCAAAACAAAGGAGAGCAGCAGAGUUUCUAAGGCAGCUUCAAAACUUACCAACUCUGCAUCUGCUAAGAACAGUUCACAACCAGCAGACAAGGAAGUUACCCCGAAAGAAAAGGGAGGGUCUAAGGCGAAAGGACCUACUACUAAAACAAACCACAAACUCCCAUUUAUUCUACCAUCUGCUGUUACAACGACUGCUCAGACAUCAAAAAGUGACACUGUUCUCUCUGACUUCCAGACACGCCCCAAGGUACCGAGGGUGCAGAAACGACAUCAGAGACCAAAUGUGCAUAGAAAUAUUCUGCCACGUCCAGUUGCUAGUCCUAGUUCUGUUCCGCCUGGAGCAGUUGCAGUAUCUUUUAUUCCACAGCCUGGGCAAACUGUAGGUACCAUUCUUGCAGCAGGUGUCAAAACAUCAUCAGUAACUAUGACAUCUCAGUCUAAAGCAACAGUGUCAUCCAAGACACAGUCAGGUGUGUAUUUUUGUGUAUAUGUUUAGCCACUCAUUCAUUUUACUUCUCUCUUUAACAUGAACACAAGUUCCUGCUAAUAGCUAUAGUUUUGUGUAAUAUCGGAUUUGCAUGAUAGUGUCCCAUGCACAUGAUUUCAGAAUGUCUUGGUGGCUUUGUAGCAGUCGUUGUUGUGGUCCAUGAAGUAUUCUGAUCUUACUGCCCCACUCACAAGAAACACCAAGUACUGGUGAUUUAGUUUUUUUCCUAUGCAAAGGGCACAACUGUGCCUUGUAAUGUUUGGUUUAGUGAAUGGGAAAGUUAUAAGCUUAGUACCCACAUGUAUAUAUAUUAAUUGUGAGGUAUUUUGACUUUAAGUGCUUUUGUUUCAGGAACAGUGGGUUGCUCUGAUCACCGUAAAAGCUUGACAGAUAAUUCUUCACCUCAAACAGCUGCAAGAAGAGCAUCAGCAGAGAAUGGCUUUUCAAGAGAAACCUCUGCUAGUCUGGGUAUGGAAAUGUCAGGAUUUACUGGAACAGAUCUUCUUGAAGUUGUGGACCAGUUUAUGGGUAGUUCAAAAUCACCAACUGAUAAUGUUGCUAUGACAUCAAAUUCUGUAGAUUCCAUCAUUGGCCUUGCACUGGGGACAGCAUUGGAUGGCAGUGAAACAACCACAACAAUGACAGGACUUAAUGAAGAUUCAACUUCAUCUUACCUAACUUCUCUUUUGAAUUUAAAACCUUCAAAUCUAGACUUAACAGCACAGCCCAUUAAAACAGUGGACUCAGGCACAGCUUUAAGCAUUUCUGGAGUGCAUGUAGAGGAGCUGAAUUCUGGAAUUGCUGGUGUUGGUGUUUCCUCGAGCAUUACCAGUCCAACACUGGAAAAUAUUCUAUAUCCAGUUUCAGAAAGAGGGCAGCGUUCAGUCUCUACUGCUUCUGAUGUGUUUUUCAGCAUCACAGAGCCCAUAAGUAGCAUUGUAGAUUCACAGAGCCAGCCAGAAGCACUUGGUGAUAAAGAGGCUUCACCAGUGUCUUCAUUGUUGUCAUCCUCAAUCCCUCCACAGUGGCUCAAUGGAGAGGUAUUACAGUAGUUGUACUGAACAUGGGUUUUCUAUGCAUCGGUCUUCCUUCUUUUCUUAAACAGUACUUACAAUGUAUAAAGAAUCUGUUUAAAAAACACACUUAGUAUCUUUGGUGAUCUUUAACUUCCCUAACUCUUACAACCUCUUAAUUUGAUAUUAUUAGACAAAAAUAGAUUCUGCAGUUAACUUUAAUCUUUCAGACACCUCUCUAUAAUAGACACCCUAAUAAUACGGACAGCAGCUAAAUCCAUGGCAAAAAAAUUUAUUAUGCCUGUUUGACUGGAAAAAACUCCCACUAUUACAGACUCUCGCUAAUGAGGACACUAACUCAAUGUCCCUAGAGUGUCCACUAUAAAGGGAGUUGACUGUAAUGACCUGCACGGGAAGGAAGAGGAUAAGAAACCAAAGUAUUUGGGUCAUGCACAUAAUUUUUACUAUUUGUUCUACUUUUAUUGGAAACUGGUUAAGAUGGAAUCCUUUAGGAAAUUGAGUAAUUUUAAUUUUCAGUGGACAAAAAUCUUUUACCAGAAUGAUUCUAAUCAUAUUGCAUUCCUUUUCACUUUUUUCGAGGGCUAUUAACCCUUUAAGUCACAUGAGUGACCAAAAUCAAUAUUCUUCUAACAAUGUCAAUAUGCAAUAAAGAGGAAAUGUUGCAAGAAUUAAUAAAUUGAUCAGGGGACAGAAAAUGCUUUGACAGGGUUAGCACAGUCUUGAAAAGUCGUUGAAUUUUAGGGGAAGUCCUUGAAUUCCAUUUUUCCUUGAAAAGUCCUUGAAAUUCUAUGCAAGUCCUUGAAAAAUCCUUGAAUUUUCUUCAAUUUUGAAUGUAGUGGUCUGGAAAGAGUUUUCUAUGCUUUUUGGUUGUCCAAGACAGAAUAUAAAGAGAAGUUAAAGGUUAUUUACUUAAAGUGCUCUAUGUUUUUUGCAAUAAUUAAUUAUCAAUUUAAGACCAGUCAACUGAAAAAUGUAGAGAAGUUGGUGAAGCAAACAGUUCAAGCCUUAACUUAAAGUCUUAUUAGAAUAGACUGGGAAUGUGCAUUUUUGUACAAUCUGUGAAAUUAUAUUCUUAGUAGGUGGUCCUUGAAAAUCUAAUGUGGUCCUUGGAAAGUCCUUGAAAAAUGGUUGCAAUUUUUUGUAUGAACUUUGUUUGAUCUUCUUGAACAAAUUCUCUCAACUAAUAUAAGGAAAUGUAUGGAGAUUGGUUUGGAGAAUUAGUAUUUGGAUAUUCAAGCUUUUAGGGUUCUUACGGGAUAACAAACUUCAAAAGCUUCAAAUUUCUCAAAAUGAAAUCUUGCGCAUGUCAAUUUUACCUGUGUUUUCUCAAUUCCUGUGAAAUUUAAAAUUUAUUUUCUCGGGCUCGCAUGACAACCUUUUCUUUGGAGUUAUUUCAUAUAACUUAUUACAGUUUUAGAACUCCGACUUGAAAAGUGUAAAAAAAAUGCAAUAUGGCUUAAAAUAUUCUGGUACAAGGUUUUUGUCCUCAGAAAAUUAAAAUUACUCUGUUUCUUGAUGGAUUCCAUCUUAAGCUUUUUUCUUACAUAUUUCAGAACUUAAGAACAUACAUCAACAUUUCUGGAAGAUCAUAACAUUCAAUUCAAUUUUACAGUAUGUGGUAUUUAAAACAGUUUCAAUUCUAACCUUUUUUUACUUUCUAUUUUUCGUGUUAUUUAUUCAUUAUUGCUAUUUUUUUCUUUGUUAUACAGCCCUCAAACUUCUCUAUAGGCAGCCUGUUAGGUAAGAAAUAUUGUCUCAAAAUAUGUUGGAUAAAGUGAAGAACAGCUCCCAAAAACUUGUUUGCCAACAUUAUUCAUGUAGCCAGCAAGUCUGUAAUGUCUGAAAAUCAUCUAAAAACUUGUUGGCCAACAGUAUUCAUGAAGCCAACAAGUCUGUUAAACCUGAAGAUAAUUUAAGACACAGUGAGCCAAAGAUGUUUGUCUACCGUUGUCUUUUAAGUAACCAACUGCUGUUCCACUGUUGCAGCUUGUUGGACAACAGUUAGCCAAUAGUGGGCCUACAGCAGGCCAUUUGUUGGCUGACACUUUUCCAAUAGUCAGCUAACAAGCUUUUUUGUGAACCCUUCUUUACUUCUUCCAAAAUGUUGUGCAUAUACAUGGGUCAGCAUGAACAUGUUGACUUCAAAAUUUCAUUGAAAUGGUGAAUUGUAAUAGCUCUUAAACUGAUUUGCAGUUGAAAUGUUUUUCUUCUGCUUUUUUUUAAAUUUAAAGUUGAUUACACUGGCAAUGUUAAAAGAGAUGCAUUUUUCUACACUUCAUUUUUAGUUUUACUGGGAUCAAAUUAAUACAAGUUACACAUAAUUUAGAUAUUGCUCUAUUCCUUCCAGGCAGAGGCCUCUUUUCCCAGGUAUUCAGCAGAUGAAAAAGAAAGAGAUCUUUCAUUUGCCGUAGGCUCAAAUGGACUUUGUUGAGCAUGUACCGCAGUUGCUUGUAGGCUGAACCAUUACUUCUCUUUUCUUCCUGUUUGCCGAAUACCAGGGAAAAGAGGCCUCUGUCAGCAAGGAAAUUGUUCUGUAUUUUGAAAGCAAUAACCACACUACAGAGCUUACUAGCAGGGUGCAAAGAAAAUCAUUUUUACAGCUUGCCAUUUGGGCAAGCUGAAGCUAGCAUUUACUAGCCCAGACGUCAUUUCAACUAGCCCCAAAACUUUUUGUUCUUCUGUUAUUCAAAUUCCUCUUAAAACAUCACUUGCCCGUCGGGCAAGUUAAAAACAGAAUUCGCUAGCCCUAUAGCAAAAUCCACUAGCCCCGGGCUAUCGGACAGUACUUUCUUUGAACGCUGACUAGGGUCUUGUUCAAUAAUAAUGAUGAAUGUUUCUUACUGAUUUUUUUUCUCAUGACAUUUGUUCCAAAAGACAAAUUAAGCACAUCACCAAGAAAAGAAGACAAGUCAGUUUGCUUUGAGGUAAGAAGAAUGGUAGUAUCUUCUACCGAACAUACAUAUAAAUAAGCUCUGUAUUGAUUGUAAAAACAAAUGUCCUGAUGCCAAAGGAACACACAGUAAGUCUGCAUACAAGCCAGGUGACCCAUCAGGCUGGAUCUGAUCCCUGUUUUUCAAAGCAAAAAGUGAUUGAUGCUGAUUGACCCACAACCAACUUUCUUGGAAUGUAUUAUUAUUUUCCUGUAAUCCGAUUGGUCAACUGUCUUAGUGGCCCCGGAUACAGUAGUCGCCCUGUAAUUAGGAAUGAAAGGGUUAACAGGUUACCUAUAAGUGCUGGUAGUGGUGGUGGUACGUGUAAUAAAAAGUGAAAUUGGGUUGAUCAAAUACAUCUAACUGUGACUGAGAGUCACCUCGCUUUCAUCUGCAGCUUGAAUAUGUCAUAAUAUUUUCAGGGCUGUCUAAAAGUUUUUAAGUAGUUGGCUUACAAUGAAUAGUAGGCAGCUUUGUUAGUCACACCAAAGCCACAAGCUCCUGAGGGCCAAGGCAUUUAGGGACAUUUUGAAGUUUAGUCUCGGAAAUGCCAUUUCCAGGAGUCUUCAAGAGGUAUUUUCCCCUGCAGACACCAUGUUGUUUCAUCAGAAUACACACACGAAUACAAGACUGGGAACGACGCCGUCAAAAAAUGUCCCAGGCGUUCCACAACAUCGCACGGUUAGAACAUUUCACAGGUCUAAACCUGUUUAAAUAUAUGUUGAAUGUCAUUCAAAAAUGGGCAAUGGAUGCUUUACAAUUUUAUUCGAUGGUGCUUAUUUUUUUGUUAGCAGUUAUGGUAGAAGGAUAUGAAAGUAGCUGGCUAAGGAUGGCUAACUAGUCGGCAGUUUUGGCUGGCUACUGACUCUUAUUGACAGCCCUGAUAUUCUUAGUCAUGACUAUGAUUUUUUUUUGGCUUUUGUUAUGGUAAUCAUGCUGAAAUCAUUCUUUGUUGUUGUCUACAGGAGACAAAUGGAGUAAGUUCAUUCAAGGACCCAUCUCAAGACCCUUUGAUCAGUACUCAUCACCUGCUAGAUGUAAGUUUGGUGUCCUGAAUUAAUAGUUGAAUUUUCAUCUUUUGGUAAACCAACUAAUAAUAUAGACAUUUCUCGACAGUUACUUCAUCUCGGGUUGCAUAACUGUCUCGAAUUCACUCAACCCCUCUCAUGUUUAUAUCAGGCUAUGCAAACACGGAAAAUGUUCUCUACUGCUUAAUUAGCAACAGGCUUUUUCUCUUAACAGCUGAAACAAGGAAAGUUGCUGUUUUUGAUGUUUGAUCCAUCCUCCACUUUAGCAUGGCAUUAAAUUUCUUUCAAGUUAUUGGGCUUUUAGCCUCUAUUUUACAAAAUUAAUGUCUCUUUUUGAAGAAUAGCUUGGACAAUCAAACAAAAUAUUUGGUAAACAAGAUCACACCUAGGAUAACAAGCUUUUUUUUGCUCUUAAUGUUUUUUGCUAUAGUGAAACCCUGUUCAUACAACCAAAGUCUUUUUUUUUUUAAUUUUUGGGCUAAAGCAAUUUGGUCGUAGUGCAAGUUGCUUGGGCAACAUAGUGAAACCUUCCACUGAUGGGACAUCCCAUACAGACAAAUACAAGAAUAUGCAUCUGGGCUCAAAACAAUGGCUGGUCAACAGCCAAUGUCUGAUCAACGCCAUGAAAUGAAUGGCCAAAAACUUCACUUGCCAGUCAGGUUGACUGGUCACUCACACUCUCAUUCUUGAAAAAAAAAACCAGCCAAAUCCUUACCUGAAAAUAUUACAUUUUGUCUCGUAAAAAUACAAUCACAUUCACAAAUAAAAAAUUAAAAUAAGGAUGAGUGAAAUUUUUCCCCAGUUUUUUGACUGGUCAGAAACGAGACUUGGCUGAGCAACCAUUUCUUAAGCCAAUCAUUGUGUCCAGCCACCGUCCAAAAAUAAUUUUGAACCCUCUACAUAUAGUACAGUAGGACUAUGGCAUUUUAAGUAUAAUGCUAUCAAUAACUCUUUAAUGCACCUUUAACUUGUUUAUGUUGCUUUAGCAUUGUAUCAUGGAGAGAUGGCCAUUCCUUUUGCUCCCCCUCCAUAAACUAACACUAGUGUUGGAGGGGUUAUCAAAGAUUGGAGAAUAGCAGGGAUGAACUUUACUUAAACAAAUAUUGGUAAAUUUGUAAAGCUGAUAACCUUUUAUUUUAUGUUCUUUUACAGGCGGAGACAGCCUUGCAAGUAAUGAUGGAUGAAAACAGUGUUGACUUUGUCAGGAAAUUCCAAGAUCUUACAAAGGAAAUUGUUGGAGAAAACAGCAGCAAAGCAACCCCUACUGAGCUGACGUUUCCUUCCCUGACUUCCAGUGAAGCUAACAGUCGAUCCUCUGAUGAAAGCAAUAGUGAUGGUUUAAAUUUCAGGAGCAUCCUGCGACAGCAUAAUGUGAAUAGUAGUUAAGAUUGUAACUCAAACCUCUAUUUCUACUAGGCCAGGGUUUAAAUCAAAGUGAAGUCCUUUAUUCACCUCCUAAUUACCAUGAGAAAUGUGUGGAAAACGUUUAAGCCAGGGACAUUGUUUUUCACUAAAAUUUAAAUGGCAAAUUAAUGUGUAGUUUGACUUAAAAUACUAGUGAAAAACGCUUUUAACAAAGAUAAACGGUAAGUUGAAUAAGCUGAUUUUGAUGUGUUAACCCUUUCACUGCCAGACUCCUAAGCUGGUUCUAACGUUUUUGACUUUCUUAGAGCCUGUUUCCGACUUGCAUUGCUCGCCUGCUUUUGCUCGCCUCACGAGCAUCCCUUGCGCCUUUGGCACUCAUGCAGUCAACUUGUCAUGUGGCAAGUCUACUUUUGUGGACAGAAUGCUGCGGUGUGACCAUGGAGAAGAAACCUCUUUGGAGGGUGUUUUUAUUUAGUAUUUGUUUCUAACUUUUGUGUCUGGGGACAAAAUCCUUUGGUUUGACCAUUCAAAUGGAACCUCUUCAGCAGUACUUUCACAUGGUGCUAUUUAUUUAGUAUGUAGUUCUAACUUUUGAGUUUGUGGACAAAAUCCUGCGGUGUUACCAUUCAAAUGAAACCUCUUCAGCAGUACUUUCACAUUGUGACAUUCAGCUUUUCAGAAUUGUACAAAAUGAAAUUUGGAAAUUUUGUGGAAUUUUGACUUUGGCCACUCUUGGCAGUGAAAAGGAUAACAUUCUUAGUGGCUCUGAGGAAUGACAUUUAGGUUCAGGGUUAAAUGAUUCAUCUGUAUUUGUUUCAAGACUCUGAACCAAUAUGAAUUUAAAAUGAGCCUAAUAAUAGUAAUAAUAUCAGCUGGGCCCAUUACAUUUAGUUUAUCUUUUUUGAUAUCUGUUAAGGUUGCCGUUCAAGGGUAAAGGUCCCUGGCUUUUACAGUACUUUUAUUUCAUUAUAUUCCUGUACGCACCUUUUGGUGCUUUGCCUAUCAGAGUUGAUAUUUAAGAUGUCAAGUGUUGAAAAUUGAUAGAGUUAGCCUUUAAAAGGAAAGGCCCUCUAAUUAUCUCUUUGUGCGUUCAAAUGUUAACAAAACCAUCUCGCGUUUGUUGGUGAAUAUAUUUACUUAAAUUCAAUGCCAACCCCGUGAAUACACGUCGCUUGUCUUUUUAUUCAGCUGUCUUAUUGAGCUCUAAACUGGACAGUUCCUGUUACGAUAACGUUUUUUUAAACAGGAAAGACAUGUUGCCUUCUUUCUUCUCCAUUCAUUGAGACUUCACCAAGUUAUCACUCAUGGAAGAAAAAUACUGAACUUAUUAAUGUUUAAAGUGAUUUUUUUGAGAUGAUUCUCUAACCUGGCGCUUAUUUCGUAUGGUUGUGGUACAUUAUCCCUGGGGGCGGGGGGAACACCCAUAUUAAAGUGACGGGGAUGCUCGUCGUCUCGCUUUGAGGCGUAAAUUGCGGAUUUUGGUCUCACUUAGGGUGUUUGGUAUGGAAAGUCACUAUCGCUUAGUGCUGUGUAUAAAGAAAUGUACAAAAAAUGCCCUCCAAGGGAGAUUUCUGUGCGGUCAGUGUCAGGCCAGUUAAAGCUUGAGCCACACCUGCACUGCUCUCCCUCAGGGGUUAAUUUAUAUUUUCGCACGAGCAUCCCCGUCACUUUUAUAUGGGGGUCUCCCCGGGACAUUAUCCCUCUCACUCUCACAGUGAAUGAUGGGAGUCUUGUAAGGCGGUGCUAACUUCCAAGUCUGCUAGUAAAAUCCUAUGGUGAAACCAUUCAAAUGAAACCUCUUUAGCAGUACUUUCACAUGGUACUAUUUAUUUAGUAUGUAGUUCUAACUUGUGAUUUUGUGGAUGAAAUCCUGUGGUUUAACCAUUUAACCCUUUAAGUCCCAAUAGUGACCAAGAUCAAUUUUCUCACAGCAAUAUCCAUACACUGUCAUAAGAUAAGUUAUGAGAACUGAGAAAAUGAUCACCAAAGAGAAAAUGCCUUGAUCUAUUAUCAACUUCUCUCAACUAAUUCUUUAAGGAAAUGUAUGGAGAUCAGUUUGGAGAAUUUGUAUGUGGAUACUACUAUUGGUUUUUCAAUGGAAUUUGGAAAUUUGGCGAAUCUUUUUGGAUCAUUGUAGGUAUCUGGGAAACUGCCCAUCUAACCCUCCCCUAAGCCAUCAUUAUGCCUUGGGAGUGAUAGGGGUAUCCAGACGUUGCUGAACCUGUAAAGGUUUAUCUUGAGACAGAAUGGGUAUAAAAUCGGUUCUGUUUGAGACAUUUCUCGCAACUUCUCUGUGUCACAACCAUCGUUGUUUUAGGGAAACAUAUUCUUAUGUGGACAUCGAGACUUAAACAAAAUUCAUUGUUUUAUCCCAAAGAGUCAGUUAUUGUGCAAAAUGCUUUUGAUGUUAGAAGCGAAUAAGAGAGAUUUAUAUAAAUUGUAAAUAAGUAACUUAAUAAAGAGGAAGAG